UCUUUCGCCCCUACACCCAAGUUUGACGAUCGAUUUGCACGUCAGAAUCGCUACGAGCUUCCACCAGAGUUUCCCCUGGCUUCACCCUACUCAGGUAUAGUUCACCAUCUUUCGGGUACCAACAUAUGUGCUCAAACUCAAAUCUUUCACCACGAUGGUUCAUGA